GCCAUAUAAUCAAUUUAUUCGAUUUGAGCAAGCGAUAGCAGAUAAAACACAGCGCUGGGCAGCUGGGGAGUCUCUGCUCUUCCGCGGCGCGCGCCCCUUCCCUGCAGAUCCAGUCUUUUAUACUUCUUUCCUUCCGGUGUACGUGUUCUUUCCGUUCUUCAUCUGCGCAUGUGGGGCUUGUUGCUGGGGGCGAAUUCUGCCUCUUAGUGGUCGUGGGGAUGAAGGUGAGUGGUCUUCCUCGUCGACCUUUUACCUACUUUCUUGACCUUGCCGUGCUAAAAGUUUCACAACUUCGCCCCCGGCACGUCCUGUACACCUUCCCGGAUAUUUGUGGUUAUCUUACCCCUGCCAAUUUCCUGUAGCAGUUCGUUAUGCACAGUUUCAGGCUACGUGACAAUUGCACAAGGUUACAUGGCAGUUCACACGUUCAUAUAUUAUACCCAGCUUCUUGAUGAACAAACUUUAUCGAUUGUAAUCACAUAUCACAUCUUCACUACUGUGAUUAUCUUAUGAGUGAUGUAACUGGAUGUAAGAGGGUUCAAAAGUCCCAUGAACCCUCCUGACACGAGGGAACCACCUGAGGGAGAAGGACCUUUCCCUGAGGGUUUUAAUUCAUCCUCUUCAGCCUCCUGUUUUUCUCCGGGUUUUGGAGGAGACAGUUGGCUGUCAAAAGACAGCGCUUCACGUUCUCUUGUACCUGGCAGCUCCUUCCUGUUCUCCAGUUCUCAAGAGAAAGUGACGCGUUGGGUCUCGGUUCAGCUCCUUCACACACACUUUGUAAUGGACGUAACGGACUCGGGCUCCAUUCCCAACCGCGGAUGAACUCCUGCGUCCAGCCAGGCACGUUUUCCUUGGGCACAAACCGCGGGUGCGCAUGCGCCAGAGCGGCCGGGCACGUUACAGACAAAAACGUGCGUCCGUUCGUGCCAAACGCCCCCCCGGGCUGAGCCGCUCCCGCGUCCCUCCCGCCGCUCCCGUCAACCUCGCAACGGACGGAACGAACGCGGCGCCGCCUGAGGAGAUGCGCGGCUGCUGCGGCGGCGGCGGCGCCCCCGCCCUUUCCGGCCACCGCCCCCGCCCUUUCCGGCCGCCGCCCCCGCCCUUUCCGGCCGCCGCCUCCGCCCUUUCCGGCCGCCGCCAUGCCGAUGAAGGGCCGGUUUCCCAUCCGGCGCACGCUGCAGUACCUCAGCCAGGGCGACGUCGUCUUCAGAAGCUCGGUGAAGAUCCAGUACAGGAACCCCUGGGUGCAGAUCAUGCUCUUCAGGAACAUGACCCCCUCGCCCUUCCUCCGGUUCUACCUGGACAAUGGAGAACAAGUUUUGGUUGACGUGGAAGAUAAAACCAACAAAGAGAUUACUGAGCACAUUAAGAAAAUCCUGGGGAAAAGCAAAGAAACACUUGAAAAAGAGGAGAGGGAAAGGAAAAAACUGUCACAUCCAGCAACGUUUGGGCCCAAGAAGUACCAUCUGCGAGAAUGUAUGUGUGAAAUUGAAGGCCAGGUUCCCUGCCCUGCUUUUGUGCCACUGCCCAAAGAGAUGAGGGGAAAACACAAAGCUGCAAUGAAAAAUGAAGCAUCAGCCUGAAAGCUCAAGCCAUGCAGUUGCUUUUCCUCAAUGGGAAAAUGAGCUAAAAGCUCCUGGAAACAGGAACAAACAAGUUCAUAUAAUACAGGUAACUUUGUCUCCCAAGUCUUCUCGGAGCUACAAUUAGAAUAAUUAAAGUGAAAAAUAAAUAGAAGUUGAAACCCA